UUUUCGGAGAGUUUUUCAUAUUUUUUUCCAACAGUUUCAGAUUCAUGAUUCCGUCUACUUCAACAGAUUUGCCAAUUCCUGAUCAUAUUACUGAAAUUCCAGUAGAGUCCGACUACGAGGACGCGGUGUCAAGUGGCGAGGAGCUCUCAAAAUUGUGUGAUUCCUUAAAAUCUCAUCUGGGUACUGUAACCAAAAUGCGGAGGAGUAAGAAAAGUGUCUCGAAACUUUUGUCGAAUCAGGAACGGAUGGCUCAGUACUAUAGCCGCGAGUCGAGCAGCGAGCACUCGAGUUUGGAAAAGCUUCAACCCGAUGAAAUCAAAAACCGGAGAAUUACGGGGCCAUCAAAGGGGCGACGGAGCAACAGUGGAAGUGACCACAGCAGUGACUGGAAAGUACUCAAUUUGGCGUUCCAAGAAAUGGCUCACUACCCACUUUUAAUGCAGCUCAAUGAGCAACUUAUGGAAAUUUCAAGGCAGCUGAAUAGCGUCGAAACUACCAAUGCACUACAAUUAAAGGUUAUCAUGCAUCUGUUGAAUCGGGUUUCUAAGCGCCGAACCACGUGGACUCAGUCGAUUUGCCGCUUUUUCCGGAAUUUUCAAUUUUUCUUUUUCGCAUUCUCCUGGCCUUUCAUAGCACGGUUACUGUACAUUUCUUACCUUAAAAUGAUGAGAAAUCGAUGAUUUAUUGAUUUUUUAAGAGAACUAGCGUUUUUAUAUAUAAAAAUAAAAUCUAUUUAUUUA